AUGAGUGUGACAGUGGACAUUCAAUCUUCUAAUCUCUGUCUUACUGAUAAUGAAAAUAAUCAACAUGAACAACUUAUACCAGAAGAUACAAUUUCAACUGUAUACAAUGAACAACCAAAUACGAAUUUAGAUGAUAAUGAUUCAAAUAAUAAUUUACAUAAAGUUCUAGAUGAUUUAAACAAAUUCAAUGAUGAAUUAAAGAAACCAUUCAAUGAUUCAUUCUCUAUUGAUUUAUCUAAUUUACCAUAUCCUUCUGGUUAUUCUAUUAUAAAACAAAAUGAUUCAAUGACACAUUGUGAUAAUCAAUAUGGAGAGUCAAAUGAAAUUGAACAGGAAAAUUCAAAGGAACCAAGAAUGACAAAAAAAUUUUUAAAACAACAUUGUGCAAAGAAUAAAUUGUAUCAAACACCACAAUUAAACGAUAUACUCUAUCUACAUUAUAAUGGAUUUUCCAAAAUUGAAAAUCUUGAUGAAUAUACAAAUUUAAAAUGUUUAUUUUUAGAAGUAAAUGGUUUAUUAAAAAUUGAUGGAUUACAUAAUCAAACUGAAUUACGUUCAUUAUAUUUAUCAAAAAAUUUAAUACGUUCUAUUGAGAAUUUAGAUCAUAUGAAAUAUUUAGAUACAUUAGAUGUAAGCUAUAAUAUGAUCAGUAAAAUUGAAAAUCUUGAUUUAUUACCAAAUUUCACAAAAUUAAUUAUAUCCCAUAAUAAAUUAACAGAAAUUAAUGAUUUAAUCCAUUUAAUUAAAUGUGAACAUUUAUCUGUACUUGAUAUACAACAUAAUUUUAUAAAAGAUCCUAAUGUUGUUGAAGAGGUAUUUGCUAAAUUACCAAAUUUAAGAGUUUUAUACAAUCAAGGCAAUCCGUUUAUUCGAGAAGUGAAGAAUUAUCGUAAGAAUAUCAUUAAUCAAUGUAAAAAUCUCACUUAUCUAGAUGAUCGUCCUGUUUUUCCAAUGGAUAGAGCAUGCGCUGAAGCAUUUUAUUCAGGAGGAAUUGAAAAAGAACGUGAAACUAGACAACAAUGGAUUGAUGCAGAACAAAAAAAGAUUUUAGAUAGUGUUAAAUGGUUAUCCAAUAAACGUAAAGUCAUAGAAGCAAGACGUCGUAAAACUGAAUUAUGUAAACAAGCUGAAGAAGCUGGUUUAUCAACUGACAAUAUACAUAUUACACCAGGUGAUAUUGACUGGUUAUAUGGAAAUGUAGAUAGUGAAAAAAAUGAAAGUGAUUCAAAUCAAGAACUUGAGGAAACAAAUAAUAAUGUAGAAAACUAUACUGUAUCUACAUUGAAUGCAACAGAUGAAGAACAUUAUCCUAUGAUACAUUCUGAAUCAUUGAAUACUCAAAUAUCUAAAGAAUUCUAUUCAUUAGAGAUGAUUAACUUAAACACUGAUAACACUAAGUUGAAUAUUUCACUGAAAAACAAUGAUGAAGAAUUAAUUACUAAUGAUAAUUCUGUUAUAAGUGAACAAAAGAAUAAUUCUAAUGAAGAUAAUAUUGAAUCAGUUUCAGUGAAUGAAGAGAUAACUUUAGUCAAAGUUAAUGAAAAUAAUAAUUCAAUUUUCAAUCAUUUAAAUUAUGAUAAUAAUGAUAAUGAUCAUAAUGGUAUGAAUAGAAGCCACUUAUUAUCCUUCUUAAAUAUUACAGGUAAUUGUAAUGAUGAUGAAGUGUCUGAUCAAGAGAUUGAAAAUGAUUGUACAGAAAGUAAUGAAAUAGAUGAUUUAACUAUUAAAACAAGAAAUAUGAAAACUUGUAAGAAUUUUAUAACAACAAUUGAUAAUAGUGAUCAACUUGAUGAAACUAUCGUAUUAAGUGAAGAAACAGUUAAAGAAAAUCUAUCUCAUAUUCCAAAAUCUGCAUUCAUUGAAGAAUUGUGUAGUGAAGCUUAUAAUCCAAAUAACACAUUUUGUAUAGAUACAACAUUAGAUAAACAAGAAAACUUUAUGAAUUCCAAUGAAACAAAUGAUCAAAAUGUUAUUGAAAUAUAUGAAGAACAGGAUAAUAUAAACGAAUCUAUAUGUAGACAUAAACAAGGAUUUGAAUAA